GCUAAUGUCAUCGCUAAGCUCUUCCUCGCCGGUCAAAUCCUCUGGGCAUGUGGAAAUUCCUGCGUCAAAACAUCGAUUCUUUUGCUCUAUGUUAAGCUCUUCCCGUCCAAAGUGCUCCACAUUCUUUGUUAUACCACAAUCGCUCUCACAUGGUGUUAUUUCAUAUCUGUAUUUAUCGAGUCCUUUGUGCUUUGUCAGCCCGUGCAAUUCAAUUGGGACAAAACUAUUCCUGGAGGUUCUUGUAAAACAGAAGAACAGAAUACCGCAUUUCUCAUCGCUGGAAUCACAAACCUGGUUCUUGAUGUCGUCGUUGUAUUUCUUCCAAUGCCGACGCUAUGGGCCCUGCGCCACUCGACAAAGAAGAGAAUUGGUGUGAUUGGCAUAUUUAGCCUCGGACUUAUGUAAGUUUGAAUUCAAAGAAGCCUUUCUCUCCGAUACUGAGACUCAAAACAGCGUUUGCAUCGUCACACUUCUCCGGGUAGUCUGGCUACAGAAUUGGGAUCUCUCGGAUCUCACAUACACAUUAAAACCAGGUGCUAUCUAUAGCAUUCUGGAACCAGCUCUUGGAGUCUUGAAUGCCUGCCUACCUGUCAUCGCGCCUGUCCUUAAAAAGUUGUUCCGAAAGGGACAACCCGGAACUCAAGUCGCCGGAUAUUCAGGCCAAGGUUCGAACCCUGGAGGAAAAUGGUACGGAAAGAAUAAGUCUGUGGAAUCCAGCAAACAAACGUCCGAUACGAAAAUUUUUCAAAAGACUCAACAACCAGAUGUUGAGCUAGGCUCGCUCGAGAAAACUAAGAGCCAGACUGUUGGCACUACAACCAUCAUGGAAUGGGAUAGUGCGAGGACUGAGGUAACUCCGUUGGUGAAUGAUGAAAGAUGGAGUCAAAAGAAUCGAAUACGAAUGACUACUGAUUGGACGGUCCAGUCUUCGUCUCCAAGAAGA